AUGCGCGAUGCAAAGCCCUCGCGGUACCGCCGCCGGGUCGCCACCCUCUUCUUCCUCCUGCUCGCGCUGUUCGCUGCCGGUGGCGUCGCCGGGCAGCAGCAGCGGCCGCUGCCGCCGGAGCUGCGGGGCGUCAACGACCAGCUCACCGGGCUCACCAAGGACGUCGCCAGAACCAUCUCCGAGAGCUUCAGCUUCUGCGUAGCUGACCCGGUGGACGACUGGAACGAGGCCUUCAACUACACCUCCGACCUCGGCUUCGUGCGCCAGUGCCUCGCCGACACCAGAGGUGAUAUGGCGCAGCGCCUAUGCACGCCGGCGGAAGCGAAAUUCUACUUCACCAGCCUGUUCAACGCCAAGGGCGAGAAGAACCUCUUCCUCAAGACCAACGUGAACUGCGGCCGGACCUCCUGGGCGCCGGGCUGCGAGCCGGGAUGGGGCUGCUCUGCCGGCUCAAACCCUGUCCCCAGCAGUGGCGACGAUAUUCCGCAGAGAACUACCAACUGCCAGCCGUGCUGCGAGGGCUUCUUCUGCCCCCGCGGUCUCACCUGCAUGCUGCCUUGUCCUCUGGGAGCAUACUGUCCGCGCGCCACGAUGAACGUAACCACCGGUCUUUGCGAUCCGUAUGAGUACCAGAUAACUCUAAAUUCCACCAAUGGCUGUGGUGGCGCUGACAAGUGGGCUGAUUUCGAUAGCACCGAGGAAAUCUUCUGUCCAGCAGGUUACCACUGCCCAACACCAACGUCCAAAGAUUCUUGUACCAGUGGGCAUUAUUGCAAAUUGGGUUCCACCACAGAAAAUAAAUGCAUUGUAAAACGCUCAUGCAAGGAAAACGAGGACAAUGAAAACAUCAUCAUUUUGGGAGCUUUUUUAGUGGGUGCGAUAGGCGUGUUGCUCUUGAUCAUAUACAACUGCUCAGGUCAGUUCCUCACUAUUCGUGAACGGAGGAAGGCAAAAUCAAGGGAGAACGCGAUUCAGCUGGCUCGGCAGCAGCUCAAAGCUCAUGAGGGAUGGAAGGCUGCCAAACAACUCGCAAAGAGGCAUGUACACGGCGUGCAGGAUCAUGUGUCUCGCACAUUUUCACGCAGGAGAUCCUUUCGCCAGCCGGCAGAUCCCGAGAGCCAAAGGGUGCAGGAAUCGCGCCUAAUGGGUUCAGUGAAGGCAGAAGAAAUGUCAGACUCUGCUGUGUUUUCAGCUCAGAGGACAAGCGAGAUAUCUGAAGUCAUGCCUUCAGUUAUCAUGGACAUAAGCAACGAUGGAGAAAUUGUAAUGGACAAACCUGCACCAAAAGGCAAGCACAGAUCAACUCACACUCAGAUAUUCAAGUAUGCAUAUGGUGAGAUAGAGAAGGAGAAGGUCAGGCAGGAAGAGAACAAGAACAUGUCCUUCACCGGAGUGAUUGACAUGGUAAAGGAGCAACAGAAGGAGAUCACUAGACCUUUGCUCAAGGUUGAGUUCAAGAACCUGACCUUGAGUCUUGGAAAAAGGAAGCUGCUGAGGUCUGUCACAGGCGAACUCCAGCCUGGUCGUGUCACCGCUGUCAUGGGCCCCUCAGGAGCCGGUAAGACCACAUUCCUUAAUGCUGUCUCCGGGAAGGUAACUGGUUAUCAGAUGACUGGUUCAGUCCUUGUUAACGGGAAGCAUGGAAGCAUACGUUCUUACAAGAAGAUCAUUGGCUUUGUGCCUCAAGACGAUGUUGUUCAUGGGAACUUAACUGUGGAGGAGAACCUUUGGUUCAGUGCAAAUUGCAGGCUCCCUGCGAGAAUGUCACACCGUGACAGGGUUCUCAUUGUGGAGAGGGUUAUAGACUCCCUGGAUCUUCAGGGGAUCAGAAAUUCGGUGGUUGGCACGGUGGAGAAGCGUGGGAUCUCUGGUGGGCAGAAAAAGCGUGUCAAUGUGGGGCUCGAGAUGGUGAUGGAGCCAUCUCUUCUGAUCCUGGAUGAACCAACCUCUGGUCUGGACAGUUCCUCGUCUCAACUGCUCCUCAAAGCUCUUCGUCACGAGGCACUUGAAGGCGUGAAUAUUUGUGCCGUUGUUCACCAACCGAGCUAUACAUUAUACAACAUGUUUGAUGAUCUGAUACUUCUGGCAAAAGGAGGUCUUAUUGUUUACAAUGGUCCGGUCAAGACCAUCGAGGAGUUCUUCAUAACUCUUGGAAUCCAUGUCCCCGACCGUGUAAACCCGCCAGACCAUUACAUUGACAUUCUUGAAGGAAUUGUGAAGCCUCAGUCGGGCAUUAAUGCAAAGCAUUUACCAGUUCACUGGAUGCUGUAUAAGGGCUACGAAGUGCCAAGUGACAUGAAAGAUGAUCUCAAGGCAAUGGGUGAAGAAAGCCCGCAGAUUGGUCCUGAUCGUUCGUUGUCUGGAUCAACCCCUCAUUGCCUCCCUGGUGGCGUCAGGGAUGCUUUUUCACAUGAGCGCAACCGUCUUGACAAUCAUUUGUCGAAACCCGAUGAUAUGUCCAGCAGAAGAACACCUGGAAUUCUAAAACAAUACAAGUUCUAUCUGGGAAGAGUUACGAAACAGCGGUUGCGUGAUGGUAGACUACUUGGGGUUGAUUUCCUGAUACUUGGUCUAGCUGGGAUCUGCUUGGGGACAAUUGCGAAACUCAGUGACCCAACAUUUGGGAUGCCUGGCUAUAUUUACACUAUCAUUGCAGUUUCUCUUCUGUGCAAGAUUGCAGCGUUGAGGUCGUUUUCACUCGAACGAUUGCAAUACUUUAGAGAAAGAGAAUCUGGGAUGAGCACGCUGGCCUACUUUCUUGCCAGGGACACGGUCGAUCACUUUAGCACGGUCUUAAAGCCCAUCAUUUACCUCUCCAUGUUUUACUUCUUCAACAACCCGAGAUCAUCCAUCGGUGAUAACUACACCAUACUCCUCGCGCUUGUAUACUGCGUGACUGGGAUAGGAUACACUUUCGCCAUCUGUUUCAGUCCUGGCUCGGCGCAGCUGUGUUCUGCGCUGAUACCGGUGGUUCUGACCUUGGUAUCCACUCAAAGGACUACCCCUACAUUCCUGAAGAUGUUGAGCUAUCCAAAGUGGGCACUAGAGGGCUUCAUAAUUGUAAACGCAAAAAGGUAUCCUGGAGUCUGGCUGAUAACUCGCUGCGGCUUGCUAUUCAAGAGUGGCUUUGAUAUCAACAACUACAAGCUUUGUAUUCUGAUUCUGUUCAUGUAUGGCCUGUUCUUCAGGAUUGUUGCGUUUGCGGCGAUGGUUUUGCUGAAGAAGAGAUGAGCUGGGUGCAAUUGCACCAUUAUUUUUUCAUAUCUAGUUUCUUCAUUUUUUUGUAGAACUGUAAAUAGGUUUAGAUGUUCUUUGUUACUGAAAUCUAUAGAAGAGUCACCCGGGGCUGUAAAUAACACAAGUUAAAUACAGAUGCACAAAAUAGAAGCUUUCACAACU